CAUAACACCUUUUAAAAAAAAAAAAAAAAAAAAAUUUUUUUUUUUUUAUAUUUACCGCGUAGAAGUCCGAAGAAUGUUCGUUGUGGUUCUCGUUUGACGUUGCCGAGCGACAUUAAUGUGGACAUAAAAAUCUCCCAAUAAUUGCAGUGCUUUAAUAUCAAUGAAUAUUUUGAUAAAUGCUAUGCUAGUAGAUAUAUAUGAUGAUCACAUAACAAACUGCUGCAUCCCUUCAAAUCUCAAAUAUUAGUCAUGUUUUCCUCAUAAGGUGAAUCUUGACACAUCUAGUUAGGUGACUGUCAUUGACGAUGAUAGACGCCCAAUCAUCCUUUUGCUAUGAUUUAAAAUAAGUUUAUCACAAGUAGACAUCUAAUCCAGUUGAAAUGGUAGGACUAGCAGCGAAUGAACGUUUGUUGCCAGGUCUUCCACUUGAAAUGAAUUGGACGUACACUGCCGUCAAUGGCAUCCAAUGCUUAAGUGUCUAAAAAUAAAAAAAAAGAGGAUUUGGGCAUCUGGAAUGUAAACAAUGAAUUCAGGAUGUCAAUAUUCUUUAAAAGUGUCUAUACUGAAUUUUUUUACGUUAUCUGAUUAGAAACGUAUUGCUACUCUGUUUUUCAUUUGAAUUCAUUUGAUUUCGCACUACACUAAACUGUGACGAUUGCUGCCAUUGAUGGCCCUUUAUUUUGUGUGGGAGGGGCGUCCUAACACUUUCGAUCGUUGUUUAUGGCAGGCAAUUAUGUUUGUGUUUUUUUUCCCUAGAUAAAUUUGGUAUUUUUCUCUUGGGGGAAAAAAGUGCUCCUGGUCAAAAGAUCAAGUGACGGAAAAAAAGCUGUUGGUGUUGUGAGCGGGCCCCACCCUGAGGUCCAAAGGUCGUGGGAGGGCCAGGCGCUCGCUCCACACUUGCCAGCUUUCGCCGGCGUCCCGACUUCUUUCGCCUUCCUCCUCUGCGCACCGAAGGACGGGGUCGAUCCAUUGAUUUACGUCAAAAUGGCACGGCGGUGGCAGACCGGAUGACGGCCCGAGAUUGGGGUUGCGGAACUUCCUGCACGUGAACGUCGAGUGACGGAGACGGCUCUGAACCCGCCUCCUGCCCUUUAAUAACCGACCGGCCGGGCCGGCCUCGACGUCGCGGAGAUGAGCUGGCUGAGCAGGUUGACGCCGCGCACCCCCGCUGCCCGCCCGGGUCGCGGCAGUGCCGCCCCCCAGGAAUCGCCCUCCUGCACCGCAGACCCCGAAACCUGCCUCAUGGUCUUUGAGAACCACUGGAGACAAGUUCGCCACGUGCUGGAGCGGAACGAGCCGUCGCGCUCCACCGACGACCUGAUCGCCGUGAGCAACCACGCCGACCAGAUGUUCUGCCUGCUGGCCGAGGAGCGGCCGCCCGCGAGCCAGGGCGAGGAGGACGCCGGCGACGGGCCCAUCCUGCAGCUGGUGGUCCGCGAGCAGGUGCUGGAGCACCUUCUGCUCUGGCACCUGCGACGCGGGCCCGACCCCGACAGCCUGGGGGGGCUGCUCAAGCUCUUCGAGAUGCUGAUCGGCCAAUCGCGGCAGGCCUUGCUGCGCCGCCCCGCCGUCCUGCACCCGCUGCUUAGGCUGGUGGGGGCGUGCGCCCACCCGGAGCGAGGCUGCCCACCCGCGCUGGAGAACAGCCUGGUGCUUCUUCUCAAUCAGGUGUGCGUGCGCACGGCCCGUCAGCCGCUGCUGCUGGAGACCUUGUUCCGGGCGGCUCCGGCGCAACAGGGUUCCACCAACCUGCUGAUCUUCUCGCUGCUGGUCCCCUUCAUCCACCGGGAGGGCGCCGUGGGGCAACAAGCCCGCGACGCCCUGCUGCUGGUCAUGGCCGCCUCCGCCGGCAACCGCGGCGUGGCGCGCUACAUCGCUCACAAUUCCUACUUCUGCCCGGUGCUGGCGACGGGUCUGAGCGCGCUCUACUCGUCGCUGCCCCGCAAGAUGGAGGUCCGCGGGGACGACUGGCACGCUCUGCGACGCGAGGACUGGAUGGGCGAAUCGUCGCUGGUGGUCUUCAUGAACUCGCUGGAGUUCUGCAACGCCGUGGUGCAGGUGGCCCACCCCGUGGUGCGCUCGCAGCUACUCGACUACCUGCACAACGGCUUCCUGGUCCCCGUGGUGGCGCCCGCCCUCUAUAAGUCGUCAGUGGACGAGAUGAUCGCCAGCACGGCCUACCUGGACCUGUUCCUGCGCAGCGUGAGCGAGACGGCGCUGCUCAAGACAUUCCUGCGCUUUAUCCUGCUGCAUCGCCUGGACAACGACUCCAUCCUGGACACGCUGCUCACGCGCAUCAGCAGCAACUCCAGGCUCUGCAUGGUGUCCCUAAGCCUCUUCCGGACUCUCCUGUCCUUCAACUGCGAGGACAUCAUGCUGCAGCUCGUCCUCAGGUACCUGCUGCCGUGCAGCCACGUCAUGCUGAGUCAGCGGCGCGCCAUCAGGGAGGCCGACACUUACGGGAAAUGCGCCCGCAAGUUCCUGUCCCUCAUCCCCGAGUGCUGCCGUGCCUCCGCGCCGCCGCGGGACGAGGAGACUGCCUUCAGGAGCAAAGCGACCCACAACGCGAGCGCCGACUCCACGCAGUCCAGACCCGGCACGCCGUCCCGCUUGGCGUUCUUCAUCCGCCAGCAGAGCGCCGGCGUCGGGGCUCCCUCUUCCCCCGCCGGCUCGGAGUCCGGCGAGUCGCUCUCCCCCGACAGCCCCGCUCGCCAGCCGCAGCCCGAAAUCCUGGCCUGGGAUUCGGGCUACCUGGACUACCUGAGGGACGCCCGGCGAGGCAUCGAGCUUUGCUCCUGGGCCUGUCGGGACUGGUCGGCGCCUUACGACGGCGAGGACCCCUCACCGGGCGCCGCCCCGCCUCCCCCUCCCGCGCGGCCCGAGCGCUCGGGCGGCCCGCAGAGGGCGGCGGCGGCGAGGACCGAGUGGAGCGGCUCGGAGCACGACAGCGGCGAGUGGGACGUCACCAUCGGACAAAACAACUGCAUCAGCCUGACGCCGCGCUCCAAGAAACGCGGCCUUCAGCGAGAAGAACUCUUCCCCAAAUCCGUCCCGCCGCAACUCUGCUCCGACCCUUUACCGACGAGCUCGCCGACCGACCCCGCCUCCCCGCCGGCCUUGCGCAACGGUACGGCGGGACCGGGUCAGGACAGAGAGCUGGAAGCCAAGAAAGCGAAGCGAGAACGGGACCACCGGGAGUUCUUGGACGAGAACUCAAAUCGGAACGGAAGCCCUAAAGACGCCGACGGAGCCACGCCGGCGCCCGUCGACGGCACGGUGGAGAGUCUGAUUCGGGAGCUUUUGGAGCAAUCUCCCGGCGACGCGCGGGACGACGGCGCGGAGGAACGCGGAACUCCGCCUUCGGACGAGGACGCGGAGGAGAAAAUGUCCGCCGAGGCCAAAGGGAAAGGAUCCGAAAUGGCCGUCUACAGUCCUGCCAAACCUCUCGUUCAGGGCUCGUGCCAGCCGUACACGGGCCCCCUGCUGGCGGUGCUGUUGGCCAAGUUGGAGAACAUGCCGCACAACUCGCUGUACGUCAACAUCCUUCUGACGGGCACGGUGGCGCGACUGGCGUGCUACCCUCAGCCGCUACUGCGCUCCUUCCUUCUCAACACCAAUAUGGUCUUCCAGCCCAGCGUCAAGUCUCUCAUCCAGGUCCUGGGCUCGGUGAAGAAUCGUAUCGAGGCCUUCGCCGCCUCCCACGAGGACUUUCCCGCCAUGCUGAGGAAAGCCCAGCAGUACCUGGUGGCGCGCGGGAAGCUGGAUUGGAGCGAAGGGCCCGGGGCCGUGCCGCCCCUCCGCCGCUCGGACUCGCUAGUCAAGAGUCGCAAGUCGUCCCUCAGCGACCUGCUCCUCCGCCACGCCAACAGCCCCGCCCGGACCCGCAGCGCCGCCCAAAUGGCCUUGGCCCACGUGCGGGUGGGCGGUCAGACGCUACACAGCGCCCUGUUCCGCGGCGGCGCGUCCAGUUUGGAGAAGCAGGCCGAGGCGCUACGCGUGAAAAACGCCGUCUACUGCGCCGUCAUCUUUUGCGAGUUUCUCAAAGAGCUGGCCGCCCUGGCUCAGGAGCACGCCGUGGCGCUACCCUUCGCUUGCGCGGACGCUGAAGAGUAGACGCCUGAGGAUCGAGCGCCGACGGGUAGACAUCAACCGGACCAGAGGUAGACGCCGAAGACUAGCCGGCGAGGAGCUCCGGCCCGGCAAGGGUUAGACAUCGAGAUGCCUAGAAAUAGGCGCGGAAGGGUGUAGAGCAGGGGUCUCCAAACUUUGGGCAGUCUGGGUCCUGGUUUUUGUUCCUACUGAUCCAAUGCAGACAGUUUGACCAAUAAGGUUUCUGCUAAAACAAGCAGCACCUGACUGUUAUCAACUGAUGACGCCUGUAAAUUAGGAGUGAGCCAUCUGAGGGACCGCACCAUUCCAUUCGAUUACGAUUUAGGCUGCUGCGAUUCAAUAAUUGAAUGAAUGAUGAUCACGGUAUCACGAUUAUUGAUGCAUCAUACAUUACUAAUUAAUAAAGUAGGCCAAAAAAAUUAUGUCCAUUAUUUAUUUAAAAUAUCCUAAUGAUUCAACAGGAACGAUGGAAACAUGCCCAUAUAACAAAAAGCUGCCCUUAAACCCUUUUUGUUACAAGAAAGUGCAAAAACAUGAACUAUUUUAAAGGUAGUACUGUACUUCUUUCUCAACAUGCCAAUACAACACUCAGCUGACCUUGAGUUGCUCUUUUUCACGAGAAUGUAAAAAAAAAUGAGCUGUUUCAAAGGCAGUACUUAUGUUUCUCAAAAAUACAAUAACAUUUACACAGGCGGAAUGAAUUCCACAUUUUCUGGAAACAAAGUAUCUUCAGAAAUAAGAAUUCUUUUAAGCAAUAUACUUUGUUUUCACAGAUUUUGUACUAUUUGUCAUGUUUGUAGUGUUUCCACUGUACUUAAUGUUGGUUUUAAAUGUUCUGCAUCUGGAAUAACUUUUGUACACCACCAAACAACGCACAACUUGACUUGGAAAUACAUGUUAGCUAAGUCACUAAUUAGCAUAGCGCUCAGCGCUAACUAGUAACACCUCAAAAACAACAACAAUAAAGGCUAAACAGUACAAGAGGGUUCGUGUACUCACCUCUUAUAGACGUACACGGCACUUGGCAACACGCUAGGGACAGUUUCCAAUUAACACGACUUGAACCUACUGCUGGACAACUAAAAGGCAAGGAGCAAUGAAUUAUCGCUCUUCCCCUCUCGCUCUAAAAAAUAACUUACGUGCCGAAGCGCAACCACCGUGUCCCUGACGGUCUCAUACACAAAUUAAUUUUCAAGUCUUUUGAAAAGGGAGUAAAUCUCUCUCUGUAACCUGCAGCAGCCAUCAUAACGUUGUGCGUGCGUCCGUUAAAGGUGUCCGUGCGGUAGACGUGUCUUGAAUUUCGUUCCGCUACUAGGGGCUGUCAUAAAGUUAUUAGGAAAAAUUAUCGUUUUUGAACAUUUAUGAAUUGUAAUCGAAUCGUGAUGCAUCUAAUAAUUUUUUUUUUUUUUUUGGCACACCCUUACUGUAAAUCAGAUUGGUGAAAAGGUGUCAUCUUGUUUUGUGGGAAUGAAAUCCUGCACCUACGUGGAACAGUUUGGAGACCCCUGGUUUAGAGUCCAAUUCAGAUGUUUAGACUAGGACUGGGCGAUAUUGCGUAACGGUCCAAACGAAUUGGAUGUGUCGUGCUGUCAAUGGCAGCCAAUGAGGUAACAAGGAAAAUGCAUCACGCAUUACCAUCAAGAGUACUGAAAAAUCAGUUUCCGGAUACAUUGAUACUUUUGCAGUCAAAUAUCGUACAUGACAAUUUAGUAUUGAUACUUUGACUAGGGUUGUCAAAAUAAUCCAAGAAUCAAUACAAUAAAAGUGUUGUAUCCAUAUAUGAAAUUUGAUUGCAAAAGUGUCAGUGCUCAGUUGUUUGUUUGCCAUUGACAGCGCCAGCUGUCCAAUCCAUUUCAAGUAGUGCUCCUCCCACUUCUUCAACUAGAUCAGACUGGUGCUAAUUAGCCAGAGGAAAAAGUGGCGGGCCAACGGACAAAGUCAAAAUGCACUUUGUUGCUGACGGUCCAAGUAUUUUCACCUGUCAUGUAUGCCAAACACUAACCUUUUUACUGUAUGUCCGUUGUUUUUAGGGCCUUUUAUUCUGAAAAGCUGCGUGCCAAGUGACUCGUUUCACUUUAUUUUUGGUUGUUAACUGACUUUACGUAUUUACUGACAUUUACCUUGAACAAAUCUGCUCCAGUUUGGAACGGUCCGCGACCGGUUUGAGCCAGUUAGCAAUGCUUUCAGACUUUUUUGGGGACCAGUUACGGCAGGGGUGUCAAACUUCGGAGGGCCGUUGUUUUCCAGCCCGUAGAAAUAUUCAACUCAUUUGGCUCCAGUUUUUGGAUAAAUGUAAAGGGAAAAUGUAAAUGUUCUUUUGUUUUUUUCAUUUUUGUUCUUAAUAGUAUUAGGGCUGUCAAACGAUUAAAAUUUUUAAUCAAGUUAAUCACAGCUUAAAAAUUAAUUAAUCGUAAUUCAUCGCAGUUCAAACCAUCUAUGAAAUAUGCCAUAUUUUUCUGUAAAUUAUUGUUGGAAUGGAAAGAUAAGACACAAGAUGGAUAUAUACAUUCAACAUACUGUACAUAAGUACUGUAUUUGUUUAUUAUAGCAAUAAAUCAACAAGAUGGCAUUAAUAUUAUUAACAUUCUGUUAAAGCCAUCCAUGGAUAGAAAGACUUGUAGUUCUUAAAAGAUAAAUGUUGGUACAAGUUAUAGAAAUUUUAUAGUAAAACCCCUCUUAAUGUUUUCGUUUUAAUAAAAUUUAUAAAAUUUUCAAUCAAAAAAUAAACUAGUAGGUCGCCAUUUUUGAUGUCAGUAAUUACACAAUUCUCAUGGUCAUAAAAUCAGUCGCACCCAAGCGCCAGCAGAGGGCGACAAAACUCCAAAAAACACAAGUAACAUGACUGCACAUGACCCUGUGCUGUCAUUUUAAUCUGUUUGAGAGGGGCGUGUGCGUUAAUUGCGUCAAAUAUUUUAACGUGAUUAAUUAAAAAAAUGAAUUACCGCCUGUUAACGCGAUAAUUUUGACAGCCCUAAUAUAUUUUUGUCCAUUUCCUUUUUUAAAAUGGGUGAGAAACUGUAUAUUAAUUUUUUAUUUUUAUUUUUUAAAGAAAAUGUAAAUAUUCUCGUUAUAUAUUUUUCGUUUUAAUCUUGCGACUUUUGAUUAAAAAAAAACAAAAACAAAAAAAAAAACAUUUUUUUUUGCUUAACUAGAACUAUCAAGAGUGGAUUAGUUGAUCAAAUCACUUUUUUAACCAGAGAAGGGUCAUCUGACCCUAAUAAGCAUAUCUUUUGUGAGCAUUGAGGUCCUCGUUACUCAUUCCCUUUCACACUCUCAAAACCACAGGGUUGAAUUGCUCCAAUUAGCAUCUUGAGUGUUUGCAGGACAGGGCUGCCUUGGCUUGUCGGACAGUGGACCGCACGGACAGGCAAUUGGGCGGACAACCUUUUUACAUAUUCCAAAAGCUGCAGUUAGCCUACACCUCCUUUUUAUACAAGGUACAGUGUAGCUAAUUUUUCAGACAGAGAGUGAUUGAGACAGUUGUUUCUUUGUGGUGUUUUCAUGUCGGACACUUCUUCUCAGUGAAUCCUCAGCAUAAAAAAGUGUUUUAUGUCUUCCUAACAUUUUGUCAAAUCGUAUGAGUUGAUCAAAAUUGAAAGCAGUCACUCAUCAUUAUUCAAUCAGGUGGAUGGUUUGAUGGGUUCAGAGGUGUAAAAGAGAAUGUUUUGUCAAAGCACAGACAGCAUCUCUGAAUUCAGGGGGAAUUAUACACCACCACCUCCCUUCUACACUUUGGUGCAUAUCAGCACUACAACUCACCCGUCUUUACUCUUUUUUUUUGCACUAUAAAUAUACACUAUAAAUAUCUCUACAGUUUCAUGUCUGGAUCAUUAUGUUUUAGUGUUUGGUAACUGCACAGUAUGCUUGUCUGACGUGAUCGAAUUGUCAACGAUUUGACAAAAUGGGGAAGAUAUCAGAGCACUUUUUUUUUGCUGGGGAUUUGUUGCAGAGGACUGUCUAACAUGACAGCAUUGAGAUAGAAUGUCUGUCUCAAUCUCUCAGAAUAUUUAGUUGCACUGUUUCUUGUAUGUAUGGAGCUCUAAUUGUCAUAUUGCUGAUGAUGCACAACCCAAGUCAUUUUUUGCACAAGAAAGCGUUAUUCAAUAAAGAAACGGAUGUGAAAAAGACAAAAACUACAGUGCUUUGCAAAAGUAUUCGGCCCCCUUGAACCUUGCAACCUUUCGCCACAUUUCAGGCUUCAAACAUAAAGAUAUCAAAUUUUAAAUUUUUGUCAAGAAUCAACAACAAGUGGGACACAAUCGUGAAGUGGAACAACAUUUAUUGGAUAAUUUCAACUUUUUUAACAAAUAACUGAAAAGUGGGGCGCGCAAUAUUAUUCGGCCCCCUUGCGUUAAUACUUUGUAGCGCCACCUUUUGCUCCAAUUACAGCUGCAAGUCGCUUGGGGUAUGUUUCUAUCAGUUUUGCACAUGGAGAGACAGACUGACAUUCUUGCCCAUUCUUCCUUGCAAAACAGCUCGAGCUCAGUGAGGUUGGAUGGAGAGUGUUUGUGAACAGCAGUCUUCAGCUCUUUCCACAGAUUCUCCAUUGGAUUCAGGUCUGGACUUUGACUUGGCCAUUCUAACACCUGGAUACGUUUAUUUUUGAACCAUUCCAUUGUAGAUUUGGCUUUGUUUUGGAUCAUUGUCCUGUUGGAAGAUAAAUCUCCGUCCCAGUCUCAGGUCUUGUGCAGGUUUUCUUCCAGAAUGUUCCUGUAUUUGGCUGCAUCCAUCUUCCCGUCAAUUUUAACCAUCUUCCCUUUCCCUGCUGAAGAAAAGCAGGCCCAAACCAUGAUGCUGCCACCACCAUGUUUGACAGUGGGGAUGGUGUGUUCAGGGUGAUGAGCUGUGUUGCUUUUACGCCAAACAUAUCGUUUUGCAUUGUGGCCAAAAAGUUCAAUUUUGGUUUCAUCUGACCAGAGCACCUUCUUCCACAUGUUUGGUGUGUCUCCCAGGUGGCUUGUGGCAAACUUUAAACGAGACUUUUUAUGGAUAUCUUUGAGAAAUGGCUUUCUUCUUGCCACUCUUCCAUAAAGGCCAGAUUUGUGCAGUGUACGACUGAUUGUUGUCCUAUGGACAGACUCUCCCACCUCAGCUGUAGAUCUCUGCAGUUCAUCCAGAGUGAUCAUGGCCCUCUUGGCUGCAUCUCUGAUCAGUUUUCUCCUUGUUUGAGAAGAAAGUUUGGAAGGACGGCCGGGUCUUGGUAGAUUUGCAGUGGUCUGAUGCUCCUUCCAUUUCAAUGUGAUGGCUUGCACAGUGCUCCUUGAGAUGUUUAAAGCUUGGGAAAUCCAAAUCCGGCUUUAAACUUCUCCACAACAGUAUCUCGGACCUGCCUGGUGUGUUCCUUGGUUUUCAUAAUGCUCUCUGCACUUUAAACAGAACCCUGAGACAAUCACAGAGCAGGUGCAUUUAUACGGAGACUUGAUUACACACAGGUGGAUUCUAUUUAUCAUCAUCGGUCAUUUAGGACAACAUUGGAUCAUUCAGAGAUCCUCACUGAACUUCUGGAGUGAGUUUGCUGCACUGAAAGUAAAGGGGCCGAAUAAUGUUGCACGCCCCACUUUUCAGUUUUUUUAUUUGUUAAAAAAGUUU